AUUAGGGCAGGGUAAUUUAACUUCGAAUUAAGUGUUUGGCAUAUUCAAAUUCUACGUUCGAUUCAAAGCAAAAAUGGUGAACAAACUAUAUACCAAAAAGGACGUUUGACCCUCCCAAUUUGCAACAGAAAAAUCAGUGUAUUAUAAUUUCUUGUGAAUGAAAUUUAUUUUGCAUUUACAAAAUUUUGUGUUUUCUUUAUACAAUAUGCUGAGUUUUCUUUUGCAAAUUGAGAGGAUCAAACGUCAUCAAAACGUUCGUUCUCCAUUUUUACUUAGAAUCCUGGAAUUUAAAUUUGCCAUACACUUUCUUCCAAAAUUUUACUCACACAAAUUACUCUGCCCUAAUGUACAUACAUAUAUAUGUGCAUUUGUAUGUGUGUAUGCUUUGCGAUUCCGAUUGCGAUUGCUUGUCCAAGCAACCAUUUUGAAGAUGGAAAAUCAAAACCACAAUUGCAUGUUACAUACAAACCCACGCACACAUGCACACACACACACACACACACACCCACCCGCGCAGAGGCAGCAAGAGAUAAACUCUCGAUAGCAUUGUCGCUUAGCAAAAGCGCUACAACAACUGCAGCAACAAUGUGCAAUAACAACAACGAGGACGUAGACGACGACGACGACAGCGGUCAAACUAAGGACAUAACCGCACUCUGUUCGCUGUGGUCGCUGCUAUCGCAUCUGAAACACAACAGUCUGGCUGGGUGAGGGAAGCGAAGUGACCGAGAGCCGGACGAAAGGUUCGUGGCCGGAAAAUGUGACAACGAAAUUGGAUUUCGUACAAUGCAAAGAAAAUGGAGAAAAAAUGAACCAAAAUUAUAUACAACACAUAAAAGUAGUGGAUAAAGCAAAGAGACAAAAAAACAAAAACAAAAAAGAAGCGCCCAACCCGUAAGUGGUUACGUAGAAAAAUCUCUGCGGCGGCUGGCUAUGCGCUUGUGUUGUGGCUUUGAAGCGAAAUAACAUCGCAUAAUAUGUGUUCAUUGUUCCAAAGUGAAAAAUGUCGUUCAAGCAGGACAUGUGAAGGCUUGCACCGUAUACAAUGUGUAAUAUGUGUGCGCCAAUCGAUUGUCGGUCAUAGCCGCGACUCGGGCUAAGCAAAUAGCCAUCAAAGUUAGCAGAUGCGCCGCAAGACGACUUCCGAGCUGCCGAGUGCGAUUAAGAAUCGAUUUCAUUUAUUCCACUAAUGAAACUAUCGCCUGAAGAUUGAAGAGCUGUACAUAAAACAGAUUUGAAGUAUUUGAACUUCACAUUUACAACUCAGUUUUUAAUUAAACUAACUACAAAUCUAGCUCGCAGCAAAAGCAUCAACAUGGGAUUCGAUUUUAUCCUUCAGUGUUUUUCCUUUUUAUUUCCAAUACAAGGUGCAAGAUUUUUAAUUAAGACUCAUAACUUUUCUUCAAGUAAUUCCACACCAUUGUGAUGCACAGUUGCGCACCUUGCGCACGGCAGCUUGGCACAUUCCUUCAUUUCAUCAAUGCUUCUUCGAGCAGUUAUUAUUAAUUACAGAAUUCAACAUCACUCUACGGCCAGAAAGUCCCAGCGGAAAAGAGUAACUUCAUUGUUUUAUCAGUGCAAAAGAAACUUCGCGAUAUUUUGUAGCAACAAAAAAUUAUAAAAAUAAAGAAAAUUUUUUUUUUCCAACAAAAGUGGAGUUUAGUUCCAAGUUAAUUCUACGUAAGUGGAAAAUAAAAAUUGAAGCUGGCGUGCAAGUAAGAAAUCGAGAUUUUUUGCCAAAAAAUAUGUUUAAAUUAAAGCGUUAAAACGUGCAGUAACUGUACACCCAUUUAACGUCUGUAUAUUUGGUACAUAUAUAGAUAACUUUAUGUGUAGCCAUGCUCAUAACUCCGGCGAAAAACAUGAAAUUUCAUUAUUUAUAUUCAAUUAAAGCCCACUCGCCGGCGUCUUGGCAACCUGAGUCGCUCGCGUGCGAUUCUCCUUCGAGGGGCGGUGCGUAUACGUAAUCUGAAUAGACUUUGGCGCUGUUGGCGUUCUUGGCGUCGCCUUGCUUGUGCUCUUCUGUAAUUUUACGCCGAAUUUGAUGCUAAUUAAUGAACUUCAUUGAUUUGCCUGCACCUCGCUCUCCUUCUAUUCUCCCAACUAGGUUUGACGUGCUCGUAAAUGGCGGCGGUGCAGUUACGUUGCAGUUUCAGCGCUCUCCCUUCAGGCCGCUCACGCGCACCGUCUUUGUGCCAUGGAACCGAAUUGUGGUGUUGCCGCCCGUGCAGAUGCAGCUGAGCGACGAUGACGAAAGCAAUGGCCGCAGCAUAAAAGUGGCUCCAAUGAAUCCAGCGCUCACUUUCCUCAACUCCAUACUCUACCAUUUCGCCGAUGAACAGGCCGAUGUGAACAAAAUAUGCGUGGAGCAUGACCACGAGGAGCUGAAACCUCAAUUAAUUAGCACUUGGAUGCCGAACGGCGUGGGCGCCAUGCCGGGCAAGCGCGUCAUAUUCGCCGAAACGCAGAUCGUACAAGAAUCAAUACAGAUACCUGGCUCGACUUGCAUCUCACGUAUCAGUCUUCGCAAGCCUCAGGCUACUUGAGCAUCGUACG